GGAGGACGGAAUAGUUCACAUCACAGUGGCUGGCACUGCGUGUGUCUGAUACCGUUCCCCGAAACUGAAGUUUUAGUAAUUUAUUCGAGUAUAAUAGAAAGUUGACAGCUGACGGCAUGCAAGCAGAAUCGGGCAUAGUACCCGACUUCGAGGUUGGGGAGGAUUUUCAUGAAGAGCCUAAAACGUAUUACGAGCUGAAGAGCCAGCCUCUGAAAAACAGUACUCCGUGUGAGCAGCAUGGCGCGUCCAGGCCCCCGGUGAGUGCGUCCAGCGUGAGCUCGCGUGUGCUCCUGCGGCAGCAGCUGAUGAGGGAGCAGCUACAAGAGCAGGAACGUCGCGAGCUCCAGCGCCGCCAGGCCAACUCCGCCUCCUCGCCCUACGCCCGGCCGCCCAACGCUGGACACACGCCCGCCAUCAACGUGACGGCUUCGCCCGGCCUGCCCUCCUCUGCCCAGGUGCCCAUGGAGGUGCUGAAGGUGAACACACACCUAGAGAACCCUACCAAGUACCACAUCCAGCAGGCUCAGCGGCAGCAGGUGAAAGCGUACCUGUCCACCACCCAGCACUCGUGUGUGAGCCUGAGCAAGCUCGGGUCCCAGGCGGUCAGCUUGCCCUGCCCCAACCAGGGAGCGGAUCACGGGGGCAUGCCUCCCGGGCCGGGCAACAGCGCCCCCAACAGCCCUAUGGCCCUGCUGACCCUCAACUCUACAGAGAAGGAGAUGGACGAUGUCAUUGAUGACAUCAUUAGCUUGGAGUCCAGUUACAACGAUGAAAUCCUCGGACUUAUGGAUCCGGGGCUUCAGAUGGGCAACUCGAUUCCUGUGUCUGCCAACCUCCUGGACAUGUACAAUAACCAGGGCAUGCCGCCACACGGCCUGACCAUCAGCAACUCCUGCCCUGCCAGCCUGCCCAACAUCAAAAGGGAAUUCUCUGUGACCCCCUCUCCAGCCGUGCUGCACUUGCUGGACAAGGCGGGAUCCUGUGGCAAGUUUGAAAACUAUCAAAGGCCUGAAGGGUUCCCUGUAGAAGCAGAAGUCAGAGCACUGGCCAAGGAACGACAGAAAAAAGACAAUCAUAACCUGAUCGAAAGAAGGCGGAGGUUCAAUAUCAACGACCGCAUCAAGGAACUGGGGACUUUAAUCCCUAAAUCGAAUGACCCGGAUAUGCGCUGGAACAAGGGCACCAUUCUCAAAGCCUCCGUGGACUACAUCAGGAAGCUGCAGAGAGAGCAGCAGCGCUCCAAAGAGCUGGAGACCCGGCAGAAGAAGCUGGAGCACGCCAACCGCCACCUAAUCCUGCGGAUACAGGAGCUGGAGAUGCAGGCUCGUGCCCACGGCCUGGCGGCCGUCCCCUCUGCCCUGUGCGCCUCAGAGCUGUCAGCGCGCAGCAUCAAGCAGGAGCCGGCCCUGGGGGAGUGCAACCAGGAGCUGUACCCGGGCCACACGCACCUCCACGAGGGCCUGGACGCGUCUCGGCCCACCACACUGGACCUCAGCGACGGCACCAUCUCCUUCAGCGACGGCCACGGCCCUAACGGCAGCGACCCCUCAGCGUACAGCCUGGCGCCCAAGGCCCCGCCCUCCUCCUCCAAGCUGGACGACGUCCUGAUGGACGACAAUCUGUCCUCGGUGGGCGCGGACCCCCUGCUCUCCUCCGCGUCACCCGCCGCCUCCAAGGACAGCAGCUGCAAGAGCAGCAUGAGCAUGGAGGAGAACGAGCACGGCUGUUAGCGCCCCCUAGAGUCCACCAUGGGACUAACCCCCUGACCACUCCCCUGCUGCCCCCCGAGGCCUCACCACCACCCCCCCCUGGAGAAGCAAGGCCUGCGUUCAGUUGUUUAAGCAUGUACUUUUCUCCUCUUGUUUACACUGGUUGUCAUUGUGUUUGGUUGCUCUCCCUGUAGUUGGCCCCCUGUACAGUUUCAUUGGCCUCACGUGGUGAUGUUCAAACUAAGUCAAGGUCAGUAUCUAGUCUGGUGUGAUGUUGAAGUCCAUGUGAAGAUGUGUAGUAUACAGACGGAUUUCAAAUCGUGAAGGUGAAGACCAUGUGAGUUGUGACUUUUAUUUCCCAGUAAUCAAGUUUGCUCAUGCUAAAGCCCAUGCAGUUUUAUUCAGACCGUUGACUAGUACGAAAGCAGCCCUCACACAUCACAUAUGAAGUCCAGUGUCAAGCUGUGUAUACAUAUAUCAAAUUGGUUUUGAAGCUUUUCUAAGGCAGAAGGCAGAAGAAAAAGUUUUUGUGAACGUCUCAAACAAACUGGACCCAGCAUGUUCUGCAUGCUACUCUGCCCAUGACCCAGCUGCGCUCUAACAGACCCACCUCGUCAGGGUUCCCAGCUGCGCUCUAACAGACCCACCUCGUCAGGGUUUCCAGCUGCGCUCUAACAGACCCACCUCGUCAGGGAAAAUCGGCUCAGUCACAUACUGCCACCAUUGAAAAUGUCCCAUUUAAGAGAGAAGCGCAACCUCUUUAUUAGAACCUGAACCCUAUAAGGGUGUUCUAGUGAGAUGGAACCUCUUUAUUAGAACCUGAACCCUAUAAGGGUGUUCUAGUGAGAUGGAACCUCUUUAUUAGAACCGGAACCCUAUAAGGGUGUUCUAGUGAGAUGGAACCUCUUUAUUAUAACCGGAAUCUUAUAAGGGUGUUCUAGUGAGAUGGAACCUCUUUAUUAGAAUCUGAAUCCUAUAAGGGUGUUCUAUAGAGCUGGAACCUCUUUAGGCCUGGACUCAGCAGGG